AUGGAGAGGGGGCAUCGCCCUGGUGCUGUCAGGACCCUGUGCCCUCCUCUAACAUCUCCCCCACCCCUAGUGCGCUACGGCCGCUUCGACCCCGAGGACCAGCGGAGCCGCCACUGCCCCUACCUGGACACCAUCAAUAAGAGUGUCCUGGACUUCGACUUUGAGAAGCUCUGCUCCAUCUCCCUGUCCCACAUCAAUGUCUAUGCCUGCCUGGUCUGCGGGAAGUACUUCCAGGGCCGCGGGCUGAAGUCCCAUGCCUACAUCCACAGCGUGCAGCUGAGCCACCACGUGUUCCUCAACCUGCACACACUCAAGUUCUACUGCCUGCCUGACAACUACGAGAUCAUCGACUCCUCCCUCGAGGACAUCACGUACGUGCUCAAGCCCACCUUCACAGCCCAGCACAUCGCCCACCUGGACAAACAGGCCAAGCUGUCCCGGGCCUACGAUGGCACCACGUACCUGCCGGGCAUCGUGGGGCUCAACAACAUCAAGGCCAACGACUACGCCAAUGCCGUGCUGCAGGCCCUGUCCAACGUGCCCCCCCUGCGGAAUUACUUCCUGGAGGAGGAGAACUACCGGCGCAUCCAGCGCCCGCCCGGGGACAUCAUGUUCCUGCUGGUGCAGCGCUUCGGGGAGCUCAUGAGGAAGCUCUGGAACCCCAGGAACUUCAAGGCUCACGUGUCGCCCCACGAGAUGCUCCAGGCCGUGGUGCUCUGCAGCAAGAAGAACUUCCAGAUCACCAAGCAGGGGGACGGGGUGGAAUUCCUGUCCUGGUUCCUGAACGCUCUGCACGCGGCGCUGGGCGGCACCAAGAGGAAGAAGAAGACCAUCGUCACCGACGUGUUCCAGGGCUCCAUGCGCAUCUUCACCAAGAAACUGCCACACCCCGACCUGCCCGCGGAGGAGAAGGCGCAGCUGCUGCAGAACAGCGAGUACCAGGAGCGCAUGGUGGAGUCCACCUUCCUGUACCUGACCCUGGACCUGCCCACGGCCCCACUCUACAAGGACGAGAAGGAGCAGCUCAUCAUCCCUCAGGUGCCCCUGUUCAGCAUCCUGGCCAAGUUCAACGGCAGCACCGAGAAGGAGUACAAGACCUACAAGGAGAACUUCCUGAAGCGCUUCCAGCUGACCCGCCUGCCCCCCUACCUCAUCUUCUGCAUCAAACGCUUCACCAAGAACAACUUCUUCGUGGAGAAGAACCCCACCAUUGUCAACUUCCCCAUCACGAACGUGGACCUGCGGGAGUACCUGUCGGAGGAGGUGCAGGCGGCGCACGCUCACACCACCUACGACCUCAUCGCCAACAUCGUGCACGACGGGAAACCCUCGGAGGGCUCCUACCGCAUCCACGUCCUGCACCACGGCACAGGGAAGUGGUACGAGCUGCAGGACCUGCAGGUGACCGACAUCCUACCACAGAUGAUCACCCUGUCCGAGGCCUACAUCCAGAUCUGGAAACGGCGCGAGGAGGAUGAGACAAACCAACAAGGGGCCUGAGACCCCUGGGGACACCCAGAGACCCCCUUGGGAUCACUCCCAGUCCCUUGUGGAGAUGCAGAGACGCCUUUGAGGACAUCCAGAACCCCCCUGGAAGCAUCAACAACUGUCUCUGGGACACCCCAAGAUCCCCUUGGGGACACCCAGAGAGCCCCAGGGACACCCUGAGCCCCUUGGGGAAACCCUGAGCCCCUUGGGAACACCUAGGUCUCCUUGGGAUCACCCUUAACCCCUCUGGGGACACCCUCAAGCCUCCUGGUGUGUCUCUCCCCACCCCAAAUAAAUGCCACCCACUUAUUUUUGUAGCUCA